GGAAGGCGCGGCUGAGUCUUGUGAGGGGGAAUGAAGAGAGUACCCCCUGACCCUGACUCCUUACCGGCUUCUUCCACCUGCUAGGACUGAAGGAGGAGCCAGGGGAGGGGCCAGGGGCGGUGCCCCCCGGGGUAUAGGACAGGAGUGGGAGCGGGAGCCUGAGCUCAUCAGGUCAUCAACAGUCCGGGCUGGGGACGGAGAGCUGUGGUAGAAGGAGCCGGUAUCCGAAGGAAUGAGGGAUAGAAUGUGAGAGGAGUAUUUGAGCAUAGGAGGGUGCGAUCAGACAGAGCUCUGAAGAUCAGAAGAGAAUUCAGGGACGAUCCGGGAAACCCAAGGGAAGAGCGCGGAUCUGGAUUUUUGGAAAGGGGGUUGGCGGUCCACAUUUCCCAUGGCCGGAGCUCGCCUAUCGCUCUGCUGCCUCUUGGGCUCCCUGUUCUUGGGGUGUCUGCUUUCCGGGGCGAGUGCCUUCAACUUAGAUGUGAUGAGUGCUCUGCGCAAGGAGGGCGAGCCUGGCAGCCUGUUUGGCUUCUCUGUGGCCCUGCAUCAGCAGCUUCGGCCCCGUCCCCAGAGCUGGCUUUUGGCAGGUGCCCCUCAAGCAGUAGCCCUUCCAGGCCAGGCAGCUAACCGCACUGGAGGCCUUUAUGCCUGCCCUCUGACCCCUGAUGAGAAUGAUUGCUAUCGAGUGAACAUUGAUCAAGGAGCGGAAGUACAGAAGGAGAGCAAAGAGAACCAGUGGCUGGGUGUCAGUCUCAGGAGCCAGGGCCCUGGGGGCAAAAUUGUGACCUGUGCCCACUUGUAUGAGGCAAGGCAGCGGGUGGCCCAGACCCUGGAGACCCGGGACGUGAUCGGCCGAUGCUUUGUGCUCAGUGAGGACCUGACAAUUCGUGAUGAGCUGGAUGGAGGGGAGUGGAAAUUUUGUGAGGGGCGUCCCCAGGGCCACGACCAGUUUGGGUUUUGUCAGCAGGGAACCUCAGCUGCUUUCUCCCCUGACAACCAUUACCUCCUCUUUGGAGCACCCGGCACUUACAACUGGAAGGGCACUGCCCGGGUGGAACUCUGUGCCCAGGGCUCCAUGGACCUGGCCCACUUGGACGACGGGCCCUACGAGGCGGGGGGAGAAAAGGAGCAGGACCCCCGCCUCAUCCCUGUCCCUGCCAACAGCUACUUUGGGUUACUCUUUAUGACCAACAUUGAUAGCUCAGAUCCUGACCAGCUGGUGUAUAAAACCCUGGAACCCGCUGACCGGCUCACGGGACCAGCUGGAGACUUGGCCCUCAAUAGCUACUUAGGCUUUUCCAUUGACUCGGGGAAAGGCCUGAUGAGGGCAGAUGAGCUGAGCUUUGUGGCAGGGGCCCCAAGGGCCAACCACACAGGUGCAGUAGUGAUUCUUCGAAGGGACAGCGCCAGCCGUCUGGUGCCCGAGGCUGUGCUACCUGGGGAUCGUUUGACAUCUGGCUUUGGCUAUUCUCUAGCUGUGGCUGAUCUCAACAACGAUGGCUGGGCAGAUUUGGUGGUGGGUGCUCCCUAUUUCUUCGAGCGCCAGGAAGAGCUGGGGGGAGCUGUAUAUGUGUAUGUGAAUCAGGCAGGGCGCUGGGCAGGGGUUUCACCCCUUCGGCUCUUUGGAUCUCCUGGUUCUAUGUUUGGGGUCAGUGUGGUCACCUUGGGGGACAUCAACCAGGAUGGCUUUCCAGAUAUAGCUGUAGGUGCCCCCUUUGAUGGACAAGGAAAGGUCUUCAUCUAUCAUGGGAGCAGCCUGGGGGUUGUCCCCAAACCUGCUCAGGUGCUGGAGGGUGAGGCUGUGGGCAUAGAGAGCUUUGGUUAUUCACUGUCCGGAGGCCUGGAUAUAGAUGGGAAUGCUUAUCCUGACUUGUUGGUUGGGUCUCUGGCCGACACUGUUGCACUCUUUAGGUCCCAUCCUGUCCUCCACGUCUCCCAUGACAUCUUUAUCUCACCUCGAGCCAUCGACCUAGAGCUGCCUAACUGUGCCGAUGGCCACAUGGUCUGUGUGGACCUGAGAGUCUGUUUCAGCUACAUUGCUAAUCCCAGCAACUACAAUCCUAGUGUUGGCCUGAAUUAUGUAUUGGAUGGGGACACAGACCGGCGGCUCCGGGGUCAAGUUCCCCGUGUGUCUUUUCUGAAUCGAAGCCCUGCUGACUCCAAACACCAGAGCUCAGGCACUGUGUGGCUUAGACACCAGAAUGACCGAGCCUGUGGGAAUGCCACAUUCCAGUUGCAGGAGAAUGUCAAAGACAAGCUUCGGCCUGUCAUAGUGACCCUGUCCUACAGCCUACAGCCUUCCCGAGUCCAGCGUCAGGUCUCUGGACAAGAAUUGCUUCCACUGGCACCCAUCCUUAAUGCCCACCAGCCCAGUACCCAGAGGACAGAGGUCCACUUUCUCAAACAAGGUUGUGGAGAAGAUAAGAUCUGCCAGAGCAACCUGCAACUCGCCCGUGCCCAAUUCUGUUCCCGGGUUGGGGACACAGAGUUCCAUGCAUUGCCAAUGGAAGAAGAUGGAACCACAGCUUUGUUUGCUCUGAGUGGUCAGCCAGUUAUUGCUCUGGAGCUGACUGUCACCAAUCUGCCCUCAGACCCAGCCCAGCCUGAGGCUGAUGGUGAUGAUGCCCAUGAAGCUCAGCUCCUAGUUUCCCUUCCCACUUCUCUGCAUUAUGUGGGGGUGCGGGCUCUGGAGCCUGCGGAAAAGCCCCUUUGUCUCUCUAAUGAGAAUGCUUCUCAAGUGGAGUGUGAGCUGGGGAACCCCAUGAAGAGAGGAGCACAGAUGACCUUCUACCUUAUUCUUGGAACUUCAGGCAUCACAAUUGAGACCACUAAGCUAGAGGUGGAGCUAUUGUUGGCCACAAUCAGCGAGCAGGAGCUGCAUCCAGUUACUGCCCUUGCCCGAGUUGUCAUUGAGUUGCCACUGUCCAUAGUAGGGAAAGUAAUUCCUGAGAAGCUCUUCUUUUCUGGUGUGGUGAGGGGCGAGAGUGCCAUGCAUUCGGAGAAGGAUGUGGGCAGCAAAGUCAAAUAUGAGAUCACGGUCUCUAACCAGGGCCAGUCACUGAACACUCUGGGCUCAGCUUUCUUAAAUAUCAUGUGGCCACACGAGAUUGCCAAUGGGAAGUGGCUCCUAUAUCCAAUGCGAGUGGAACUGGAGGGUGGUCGAGGACCUGGGCAGCAGGGGAAUUGUAUCCCCAAAGCCAACAUCCUUGGACUGGAUUGGGAGAUUGGAGAUCGGAAGAGGCGGGAACUGGGGCAACCAGAGCCCAAGUCCAGCAGCUCAGGCCCCUGGUGGCCUGUGGCCUCUGCAGAGAAAAAGAAAAAGAUUACUCUGGACUGUGAGCACCACACUGCCAACUGCAUUGUCUACAGCUGCCCGUUAUAUAGCUUUGACCGGGAGGCAGUCCUCCAUGUUUGGGGCCGCCUGUGGAACAGUACUUUCCUGGAGGAAUACACAGAUGUGAAGUCCCUGGAUAUUAUUGUCCGAGCCAAUAUCACUGUCAAGUCAUCUAUACAGAAUCUGGUGCUCAGAAAUUCCCAUAUAGAGAUCCCUGUGCCUGUGUAUUUGGACCCCAUGGCUGUGGUGGCUGGUGGGGUCCCUUGGUGGGUCAUCUUACUGGCUGUACUGGCUGGAAUUCUGGUGCUGGCUCUGCUUGUUCUUCUCAUGUGGAAGAUGGGAUUCUUCAAACGGGCGCAGUAUCCCGAAGCCACAGUGCCCCAGUACCACGCGGUAAAGAUCCCCCGGGAGGACCGGCAGCUCUUCAAGGAGGAGAAGACGGGUACCAUCUUGAGGAACAACUGGGGUACCCCCCGGAGAGAGAGUACUGAUGGACAUCCUAUCCUGGGUCCUGAUGGGCACUCAGAAGUGAGAGGCAGUGGACAUCCAGAGUUGGCAACUGCCUAGCUCAGCUCUUCACUUUUUCCUGGCAUGGCUCUGCCACUAUUCUUCUCACUGGUCCUAAAGCCAGUCUGCCUCCCCACAUCUUCCUAGAGAUGCCUUCUUAACAUGGGUAGUGUGGGUGCGGAGAAAAUGGAUAUCCACAGAGUUGGCUUGCCCAAAGGGUCCAGGAUCACCGACUCUCCCCCUGUCUUGCUGCUCUCUCUCCCCUUUCUCCCUUCAUCAUGCUAUCCUCAGUCCUGGGAGCCUGUGGAAGAAUAUCCAGGAGAGGAAGUAAGACCACUAUAGCAAGGAAGUCUUGACUUAGAAGGGGAGAGAGAAACAAUCAUAGUUCUCUUUUACUUCUGUUAAUGCUUGGAAAAACUAUAUCCCUAGUGCCUCUCUGGAAGUGCCUUAGCCCUGGCAGGAAGGAGGGGGAGAGGCUGCCCCCGGGACUUCCCCCCAAACUCUAGACCCCAUUUUGCUGGGCUGUCUCAGUGGCUUUUGUUUAUUUAUUAAAAAGUAUUUAAGUACCACAUGAAGGACCCCUUGACUUUCCCCGUGCCCCCUGAUAUUGUUGGCUUAGUUCUCUGCUUCUAUAUUUUCCAUAUAACCCUUGGUGUGUUGUGGGAUUGAUAGAUUGAUUCAGUGAUUUCUGGACACAGGCUUUAUUAGGAAGCUAGGGAAGUGAUGACAUGAGUAAGUUUGGGGCUGGGGAAAGGAGAGGAAACCUGGGUGGGAGGAAGGGAGACUGAAAUAGCCUGGAUAGAUAAAGAGAGAGAGGAGAAGAAGAUGAAAGAGGGGAAAGAGAGGAAAUGAGAGAGAUGUACAGAUAAAUCUGCUCUUUGUAUAGGGAUCAGUUCCUGAAGAACGGAUCAGGUGAGGAGUAGGUCUCUUGGUAGGAGGGAUAAUUGAGAAGGCAUGUUGAAAAGGAGGCGUGUGAGAUAGCAGCAGAGAGAUAAGAGAAGUGAGAAGUGAGCCUUAUAAUCUUUUCACAGCCAGUCCCAUGUUGUGGGGACCAAUUGGAGUUAAGACCAGUUGGAGUUAAGAAAACCUGGCCCUCUCCAGCUCUUUCAGGGUCUCCCUGGUGAAAUAGCAGCCAUUGUCAAUGUACUUCCAGGUGGGCUCAGUCAACCAGCUGCCACAUCAAGGCCCAAUUUCCAGGAGGCUCACCCAUGUGUUUCUCCAAACAGAAGAUGCCUCCCUUUCUAGGAAGGAGAAGAUUACAAAGUCAUUCAGGGGAUAGGCCUUUUUCAACUUCCUCCAUUCUUUUUAACCCCAGGUGUUUUUUUAAACCAAGAGCUAUAAACGUUGGGAAAGAUGGUAGAAUCAGAGACUAUCCCCCCAUUUAAUCCUUUCUAGUCCCUCUCCUCCUUCCCCCACUUGUUCCUCCUGUUCUUUGUUAUUUACGAAUAUUUGAAUGGUGGGUAAACUGAGGACAUAGUGGGAAGGCCCUUCAGAGGUCUUAGUUUGUAGUCUUGGUUCUGUCAAGAAUUUGCUUGAGUAAAUUUCUUAACCACUCAG